CACAUGAUUGAUUCCCUACGCGCAGCGCACGACUCAGCGCAGUCCAUCCCUUUGGAUCCUUCUGCUGCUCAGAGCUCUAGGAUACGUUCACUUAUGUGUAGCAAAACAAAGGAUAAUUUCUGUUUCCAAAGAACUGUUCGAAUAUUAUCGGUAGCCUAUUUGAGAAGUACUCUAUCAUAUGGAUCAGAAGUGCCGUGCUCUUCAAGUGUCAAUUAUUUAUUGGAGUUGUCACUAGACAUUUUGUUACGACUGUCUCCCAAACGCGUUUGCCCUGUAGUGACCGGAACAGCAAUAUAAAUGAAGAGGGACUUAACGUGACCGUAUUGAGCAGAGCACUUGCGGGUUUUGGUGCGCUGCGAAGGUGUAUGCCAAUUCAACGGCUGCCACCUCCAGGCAUUGAAUCCAAGUAAAUAUCGGCAGGGUGACUAGAGGAAUGGCUGCGGCAAACAACGGAUCAAACACAACUAGGACCUUUACAAAUCAGUUUGUACAACCGCCUUGGCGCAUCGUGCUAUGGUCGGUCGCGUACAGCCUUGUGCUCGCCGUGGCAGUUUUUGGGAACCUGAUAGUGAUUUGGAUCGUAUUGGCGCACAAGAGGAUGCGGACCGUGACAAACUACUUUUUACUCAACUUGGCUUUCUCUGACGCCUCAAUGGCCGCGUUCAACACGUUGAUUAAUUUCAUAUAUGCUGCUCACGGCAAUUGGUACUUUGGAGAAUCAUACUGCAAGUUCCACAACUUUUUCCCAGUCACGGCAGUGUUUUCAAGCAUCUAUUCAAUGAGCGCAAUAGCGGUCGACAGGUACAUGGCCAUCAUCCACCCGCUGAAACCCAGGCUGUCGGCCACAGCCACCAAGGUGGUGAUCUUGUGUAUCUGGGCGCUGGCCGUGGUGCUGGCCUUCCCUCUCUGCUUCUACUCCACGAUCCGCAUCCUGCCCCGCCGGACAAUCUGCUACGUGGCUUGGCCCCGGUCAUCAGAUGACUCCUUCAUGUAUCAUAUCAUUGUGACGGUGCUGGUGUAUGUGCUGCCCCUAGUGGUGAUGGGUAUCACCUACACCAUUGUGGGUGUGACGCUGUGGGGAGGAGAGAUCCCGGGGGAAGCAUCAGAUAACUACCACAGCCAGCUCGCAGCCAAGAGGAAGGUGGUGAAGAUGAUGAUCAUUGUGGUGGUGACCUUCGCCCUCUGCUGGCUGCCGUACCACGUCUACUUCAUCGUGACGGGCGUCAACAAGGCUCUGAUGAGGUGGAAGUCCAUCCAGCAGGUCUACCUGUCAGUGCUGUGGCUGGCCAUGAGCUCCACCAUGUACAAUCCCAUCAUCUACUGCUGCCUCAACAGCAGGUUCCGGGCGGGCUUCAAGCGGGCGUUCUGUUGGUGCCCGUUCGUCCGGGUAUCCAGCUAUGACGAGCUGGAGUUGCGCGACAACAACACCACCCACCACCGAUCCGGCCACCUGGGCAGCAUGUGCACCCUCUCCCGCGUGAACACUGGGACCAACAGUACCAACAAUCGCCAACACAGCAUCAAAAAGGCAGUCUCCAGAUGCCAUGGCAAUGCCGGUGUUAACGGAGAUAACAAUGGUAACCAUGGCAACCAACCGGGCGGUAGCCAAGUCCAACCUUUACAGUGACCCCGAUGAUGUGGCCGACGAUCAGUUCUCCUGAGAUGUUUAUGAUGACCACGACCACAUUCUAGAGUGUUCACGAGUGGUUUGGAAAGUCGUUGUCAACAUUUCGCCUUCCGAACUUCCCUCAAACAUUCCAAGCAAGCCUUUAGAUUUUAAUUUUAUUUUACCAAGCAUAAGUAUUUCAUGUGAGUUUGUUGCAAACGCGGUUGUUCUGUAUAAAGUAUUUUAUGCUGGCUUGAUGCAGUGAGAUUCUUUUGAUUUUAUUUGUAUUUUGCUUAGCUUUCGAAAAGCAUUUGUUUCUGCCUUUUCUCAUUUCCAAACCCCCCUCACGACACUGACUGGACAUCUGGUAGGCUGCUGUCUCGACGGGCAGAUUUGUGGGCAGAUUUGUGACAUCUGGACUAAGCAAUGAAGGCAGAGCUUACCAGUAGUUUACCAGUGUGGGCAUGCAUCUAUUACUCAGGCAGGCUCCCCUUGAAAGAAUGUUAGGAGUGGUUGGAGGUUGGGCAUAUAUAUAUAUAUAUAUAAAACACAUAAUAAUGAAAAGGGAAGGUUGUUGCACACAGAUGGUUUAUUAAUGUGUCUUUCUGUACCAUAAUCAUACACCCUUUAUCAGCUUGUCAUCAGUUAUGCAGACUGAUACCCCACAGAUUGAAAUAGCUGUGGACUGUAUGUCCUGAAAUGUUUUUUUUUUUUUUUGAGAGAGAGAGAGAGAGGCACCUGGGGCAAGAGAUUAUUCAGUGUUUCUCUUUCAGCCUGCAAUUUCCUGAGGAUAAAUGAGAAUGAUAGGAUGUUCCAUUUUGUUAUUGACAUUUCUCUCAUAAGCUGCUUUUGUCGUUAUAGGAAUUGUACAGUGCCAUUUAUUUUUUAAAUGUAUGAGAUAUAUGUCUUAUGUAAGCAGAGGAUUGGUCUUUGCUUUUGUGAUAUACCGUGGUGUAUACUUACUGUGGUUAAGGCCAUUUUUAGCACUUUAGUCAUUGAGGGAUAAACGCAGACAAACACACGCACACACAGACAUGCACAGACACAUUCAGCCAUCAACAUGAAAGUAUUUCACGGAGACGUACUGUGAAGUACUGUGCACUGUGUACUAAAACUAAUCAUCAUGGGAAAUGGUGCCGUAUUAAAACACAAUCUGAGAGCUUUUUUUUUAAUAAAAACCCACCCAUCCA